AUGGACAAGAAGCUCUCCAAACAGGUAGACCAGUUAGACGCGGCGAUAGAACAAGUAGAGCGCGCACUAGGACCGAUCCUGAGCCAACCGCUAAACGAACAACUCUCCAAGCUCUCGGCCAUCGAAAGGUGCGAGUUGGAAGCCCUCAUAGCAUACUCAAUAGACACGCUGUUCUGGAUAUACUUAAAGGUUAACGGAGUACCGCCCAAGGAACACCCAGUGAUGGCAGAGUUGCAGCGAGUACAGAGGUAUAUUGGCAAGAUCAACAAGGCUAAGGGAAUCAAUGGAGAGGACGGUGGUGGUGAUAGGAUGAAAUUGGAUAAACAGGCAGCGGAUAGGUUUAUAAGAAAUGCUAUAUCAUCAAACAAAUAA